AUUAGAAAAGCGAAAAAGAGGAUGCCAUAACAUCACCAUCAACUAGAUUCCUAUAUAAUUAAGAAUAAAUAAAACUAGAUUUACACCUGAAGCAGAUGCCUCUUGCCUUUUCCUCUUCAAACAAUUUUCUUCCCUAUUUGGGGCACGGCCUCUUGCUUGAAGUUUCCUACAAACCAAUGCCUCCUUCCUUAAGUUUUCUUAUAUUCCCCAACACACUGAUCUCUCUUAAAUUCUCUCUUCAAUCCAAGAAAGUCAUGAUUCUUCACACUUUAUAUAUAACGAACCGAAGCAGAUGGUGGUAGCUUCUUCAUUCAGACACCACAAUUCCUGCUUCUCCCAGCUGAAGUAGAAACCUCAGUGUUGAAUUUGCUGAAGUAAUCGCAUUAUGGCUGCUAGAAUACUUCAGCAAACACUCAUUUCUCUCCUCUGUGUUUUCUAUAUCUCAGGCAUAAGCAGUGCAGGAAAAGUAUCCUCAGGAGCCAUCACUGAGAGCCAAAGACUGGCCUAUCAAGACAAUGAAGUUUUUUCAUCUUCAACGAUUACUACCCAGAAAGAUGUAGUUCCUGUUGUCAAUCCAACAACACCAGGCACAACUCCUAUAGUAAAUCCACCAGCAACAACCACCAGUCUAACCACAACUGCUCCUGCAUCAUCCGGUGGCUCGUGGUGCAUUGCCAGUCCCACUGCCUCACAGACCGCUCUCCAGGUAGCUCUUGACUAUGCGUGUGGCUAUGGAGGAGCAGACUGUUCGGCCAUACAGCCGAAUGCAGUUUGCUCUGAACCAAAUACAGUUCGAGACCACGCCUCUUAUGCUUUCAACAACUACUACCACAAGAACCCCAUUCCGACAAGCUGUGUUUUUGGAGGAACGGCUCAGCUUACAAACACGGACCCAAGUCAUGGGAGCUGUCGUUAUGCAUCAUCAACCAGCACUCCCACGACAACACCUACAACAAUGCCCACAACUCCAACACCCACAACCCCAAUGCCCACAACCCCAACGCCCACAACCCCAACGCCACCAAGCACGAUUACACCCAUCAUCCCCUACACGCCUUUAGGAGGAAAUGGCGUUGGACAUGAACCAACAGACAACGAUUAUGCCACUGAACCCAGUUCAGCAGAGAUGACAUCAAGCAACCUGCUUCUGCUCAUCAUUAUGAACUGCCUAAUGCUGUUUCUUGCCAUGGCUAGUUGUAUCUAAACAAGUGGAAAUCAAACUAGAUUAUUGUUUCCCAAUUGAUAUAGCAAUUGCUCGUCAGCUUCCAAGAUAUGCAAAAUUUUGAGGUAGAAGAUGUCAAGGCCUUAAAACGUUUUGAUCUUCUCGUUGUUUGCUUUAAGAUCGAGUAGGAGGGUGGUCAACAAGCUUUUGAUUUCUGAAGUUAAUAAGCAGUUCCGGACAAGAUUACUUCUUGUAGUGUAAUCCCAGUGAAGAGAUGUGUAAAAUAUUCAGGAAGCAAGCAGUGAUCAGAAGAUUAAUAAACCACUUUACUACAUCCAUCAUUAGAAAUCUAUACCAUGCCUAUUCCAUGGUACAGCACAUUAUCAUGCAAUUGUUGGCAUAGGAGAUUCAACCUUCUAAUUUUAGGAUAAUUAUAUUUA